UUACGCUCACCGGCCGUAUCUUUAUCCGCCGUGCCCGCUUCCUGCCGCGCCGACGAGGACGCCGCCUGCCUUUCGGGUCGAUCGGGCAGCAGCCCCGUGAUCACCACCGAAGAAAUGCCACCCACACCGUCGAAAUCCCCACCGGCUAUGAGGGCGGCGAUCACGCCGCGAGGAAUGGAGGAGGGAGCGGCGACCAGGAGUGAUUCGGUGGUUCCCACCGAGGAGCCGGCGGAGCGUCGAGUCCCCGUCCUGGAUGACGAUGACGACUACGAGAUCCAGGGGCUCAGGGAGAAACUGAUGCUCCACCUACAAGAGGCGGCGGACCGUCUGAAUCUGACAGUUCCGUUUCUUCCCAAGGCGACAGCGCCGGAUCCGGUGGCGUGCGGGAACACCUCAAUAUCCGACGAAUCGGCGGCGCCGCUUUCGAAGAUGAGGACGAGGCGCAUGAUCUUGAGGGCUCACGAGGAACAGGGGAGCGUGAGCAGGUUUCCGCCGUCGACGGCGGAGAAGCGGGCGGUGCAUUUCCGAACGGAACGACAAAAGUGGCCCAAGUUCUCUUUCUCCCUCACGAGGGACGAGAUCGAGGAGGACCUCUACUCCAUGACGGGGUGCAGAGCUCGCCGCCGGCCAAGAAAAAGGCCGACGGCGGUCCAAAAACAGAUCGAUACCUUGUUCCCCGGCUCGCGGCUGUCUGAGAUCACCAGCGACUCCUACAAGCUCCCCGAUGAGAGGUAGCUAGCUAAAUAUAGUAAACCCAAGAAAAUCUCAAUAUUUUUCUGCAAACUUUGUCAUUGAAAUCUCCAUUCUGAUUACUGA